AAUUCAUCCCAAAAUCCAGGUGUGACAACACAUUUUUUUUUGACAGAAUAGGAAAAAAUUAGUUUUUUUUUCUUUUGCCAAGAAAAAAUUAGUUUGGGUUAAACCGCCAUUAGAAAGAAGAUUAAAACAGAGAAGUAGAAAAAAAAAAAAAAAGAAAUACAAUUACAAGGGUUUUUUUUUAACUUGUAAUUUUAAACGGAAUCGAAGGUUGGCGAGGCUUAAAACAAAGGAAGAAAAGAAAAAGAAAAAGAAAAGAAAAGGAAGCGAGAUGUUACUCAUCAAUUUUAAGACUAAACACUUCGAGAUCUAGCAUUUGGCCUCUUUAUUCUUUCAGAUCUGCGCCGUCUUGCUGAUUCGGUCUAUACAUUUUCUUCGACCGUUGUUAGCUUUCCUUUUUUUUUUUUGUUAGAUCCGCGAUGGAUUUCAUGAAGGUCUUCGAUCAGACGGUUCGCGAAAUAAAGAGGGAGGUGAAUCUAAAGGUAUUGAAGGUUCCGGAGAUCGAGCAGAAGGUACUGGAUGCAACAGAUAAUGAACCUUGGGGUCCCCAUGGCACUGCAUUGGCAGAAAUAGCACAGGCCACAAAGAAAUUCACGGAAUGUCAGAUGGUUAUGAAUGUUCUUUGGACAAGACUGGGUGAGACUGGAAAAGACUGGCGCUAUGUCUACAAGGCAUUGGCUGUUAUAGAGUAUUUGAUUUCUCAUGGAUCUGAACGUGCGGUUGAUGACAUAAUAGAACAUACUUUCCAGAUCUCUUCCCUCACAAGUUUUGAAUAUGUUGAGCCAAGUGGGAAAGAUAUGGGAAUCAAUGUCAGGAAGAAAGCCGAAACUAUAGUGGGGCUUUUGAAUAAUAAAGAAAAAAUACAAGAAGCUAGAAAUAAAGCUGCUAAUAACCGUGACAAGUACGUUGGCCUGUCAUCUACUGGCAUUACUUAUAAGUCUGGUGUAUCCUCGUAUGGUAGUGGAGGCUUCAGUGGUGGUGGGGAUAGGUAUGGAGGCCUAAAUAGCACAAGACAAAGUGACAGCUAUAGAGAUGGUUAUAAAGAGAGGGACCGAUAUGGAGAAGAAAAGUUUGAUACAGACACCUAUGUGAAGUCACGUCGAGGGACUGCAAGUGAGAUCCAAGGGAAUUCCUCAAAGGAGUCUAGACAUCAUGGCAGCAAGGAUCCAAAGAAUAAAUUCUCUUCAAAGUUGAGUGAUUCGAACAAAAACAGUCAAAGCACAAGCAACCCUUCAAAUAAUUAUGAAGAUGAUGAUUUUGAUGAUUUCGAUCCCAGGGGAACAUCCAGUUCAAAGCCAGCGGCUGGAAGUUCUAAUCAAGUGGAUUUGUUUGGACCAAGUUUGAUCGACGACCUCUUCAAUGGACCAACAUUGGAAAAGUCUGCCAUGAAUACUGAUUCAGCAGAAGUUGAUCUAUUUGCUGAUGCAACUUUUGUGUCAGCACCAACCAAAACGGCUAGUGAAGCAAGUCCUCAGAUACCGGAACAGGUUGAUCUAUUUGCUUCCCAGCCUGCCAUUACUCCUGGAGCCUCCCCAACUGUUGACCUCUUUGCUACCAUUGAUCCAGUUGUGCAACUGGACACCACGGCAUCAAGCUUUGAGCCAGCAAAUAUUAACAUUGUUGAUCCAUUUGAGGCUGUUCCACUGAACAAUUUUGAUGGAUCUGACAUUUUUGGUUCAUUCACGUCUCAUUCUGAUUCAGCUUCAAAAGAACCAACACAAAAUCCCACUAAUGAUGGAAACCUUAACAACGUGAGCACAAAAUCAUCACAAGACUCUAAAGCUCCUCAAAAGAAGGAUACUUUUCAGGUGAAGUCUGGAAUUUGGGCUGAUUCACUGAGCCGUGGAAUAAUUGAUCUUAAUAUAUCCGCUCCCAAGAAGGUUUCACUGGCAGAUGUCGGCAUCGUUGGCGGACUGAGCGAUGUAGAUGAAAAAGACAAAGGACCUCCAACUUCAUUUUAUAUGGGGAGAGCAAUGGGUGCUGGGUCUGGUCUUGGUAAAACUGGGUUCACAUCUACACAAGCAACUGCUGAAGAUGAUCUAUUCUCAAGCCUUACCAGCCAACAGUAUCAAUCCGGUAGCUUUAAGAAGUAAUUUUGUUCAUUUUCCCUUGGCAUUCUUUUCCCAAUUUGGAAAAAAAAAAUUAUCCAACAUGUUGCCAAUUGAAAGGAUAUAGUUCCGUAUCAUAUGUAUGAAUCAUGAGGGUACAUACUUCAGCGAUAUUCCGCACAAAGUCCUGAAAUCUUUUUUUUAUUGUUGUAAGUUGGUAUUGGGAUUUGAUUCAUGUAACUUGGCGGCAUUAUUGUGGUUCACACCACUUUUGGAGUAA